AUGGACAAAAUCGGCCGUUUACUUUCAAAUGUGCUCGACACAGCUACGCAAUUACUGCGGAGCCAUGCAAAUGACCAUAUCAGCCAGCAUCGGGGCCAUCGCUCCAGACGAGAUCUAACCGAUGGCAAUAUAAGUCUGCGAGCUGCCCGCAGUUCCUUCAACAUCACCAAGCCCAAUAUCACUUUUUCCAACUUUGUGGUACCUGGCGGAAAACCUUCGACCGCUCCUUCUUUCUACACCGGCUUGAACGGAGUCAAUCUGGAGAUGGAUGCUCAGUUGGUCCGGAUGCUGUGGCUUUCCAUCAUCGUCGCACUCACGAUUGUGUUUGCCCUGCGACUGUCACAGCUAUUUGUGUCUUACAUCCGCAACAUCUACUGCAUGACCACAGAAAAGUCCUCGCAACAAAACUACUAUGCUGUGGAUCACUUUAGUAUUUGGAGUUGGCUAAAGAAGCAUGUUGUCUAUGCUCCACUCUGGAAGAAAAGACACAAUCGCGAGUUCCAGCUAUCCGGUGCAGUCAACUAUGGCACGCUACCCAGCCGCAUCCACUCCAUCCUCCUCAUCGCCUAUGCCAUCACCAAUUUGAUUUAUUGUCUGUUACUCGACUGGAAGAAUCCACAAAGAGGGGCGUUAUACGCCGAACUACGUGGACGAAGCGGCAUCUUAGCCACUGUCAACCUCAUUCCCCUGAUUGUGCUCGCCAGCAGAAACAACAUCGCGAUACCACUCCUGAGGGUCAGCUUUGACACAUUCAAUCUCUUUCAUCGAUGGAUCGGCAGGCUGGUGGCCGCUUUAUCGGCCAUCCAUUUCUUCGCCUGGCUGGCUGCGUACAAGCUUGCCAAGGGAGAUCAAGCAACAAUCAGAAUCUUCCGAGGUGCUCCCUUCCUCUACUAUGGACUUCUAGGACUAAUUGCGAUAGUCCUGCUGCCGCUGCAUUCGUUGUCACCCAUCCGACAUGCCUUCUACGAGACGUUCCUUCACCUUCACCAGAGCCUGGCAUUUAUGGCGUUGCUCGGUGUGUAUGUUCAUCUGGAUAUCAUGCGUCUGCCUGCCUAUCCUUCGAUCUUAACGGCAAUUCUUCUUUUCUUCACGGAGAGACUUUGGCGCUUGGGCACUCUCGCAUAUCUCAACUACUCUCGGUCGGGCGGCACCACAACUGCCUAUGUGGAAGCUCUACCGGGUGAUGCCUGUCGUGUCACUUUUCAACUACCACGGCGUAUCACGAUCCGGCCCGGCAGCCACAUAUAUGCAUAUCUCCCAUCCAUCUCCCUGUGGAUGUCACAUCCCUUCUCCGUCGCAUGGACGAAUGUCGAAUCGGAACCCCCGGUCUGUGGCCACAAUUUUGAAUUGCAAAGACCAUCGACCCCGAGCUCUCUGGAAAGCCAAUCUAUCUUCAACUCGCCAUCAAAAGUACCCACGACCGUCUCGCUGAUCACGGUUGCACGCACUGGCAUGACGAGGCAACUCUAUGAGAAGGCUCGCGCUGCUCCUAGGCGUAAGCUUGAACUCCGUGGAUUUCUGGAAGGCCCAUAUGCGGGCCACGACUCGCUCGUCAGUUACGGCACGGUUGUCAUGUUCGCAGGGGGUGGUGGCAUCACCCAUCAUCUCAUUCAAAUCCGACACCUCCUAGCAGGAGCACGGGCGCAAACCGUGGCGACACGUAAAAUUGUGCUUGUCUGGUCAAUCCGCGACACCGAGUGUAUGGAGUGGGUGAAGCCGUGGAUGAACGAGAUCUUACAUAUGGAGGGCCGACGAGAAGUUCUCAUGAUCAGAGUGCAUGUGAGUAAGCCGACGAGGGCGAUCAAUCAUAGCAAAAGCAAGCCCACCAUGCAGAUUGUCCAGGGCAGGGCCGAUCCUGGAGCCGUGCUAGACGAGAUGAUUCCGGAAAGAGUUGGUGCGGUCAUGGUAAGUGUUUGUGGCCCGGGUGCGUUGGCAGACGAGGUGCGAGCGGCAGUGAGGGACAGGAUACAUCAGGGCAAUUUGGAGUUGAAUGAGGAGAGUUUUACGUGGUAA